AUGGGCAGCUUUGGCGGAAACAGCUACGGUGGCAGCAGCUUUGGCGGAAGUCGAGGAUACGGUGGUGGUCUAUCGGGCAACUUUGCCUCUUCUGGUUCAUCAGGCUAUGGAUCAGGUUCCUUCGGUGGCUCAAACUACGGAGGCUCAUCUUAUGGAGGCUCAUCCUACGGAGGCUCUUCCAACUACGGAGGCGUCAUUACCGGAGCCGUUCAGUCAAGACGCUCAGUUAGUUAUUACGAUGUUCCCUCGACGUACUCUGACGCUUCUCCUGUGACCAUUGACCUGCCGUCAGGCGUGCAGCCACUCACCUUCCGAAUGAACUCAAGAUCUUCUCCGAUCAACAUUGAGACUUCGCACGAGGGCCAGCCUGGCAGCUACCAGGAGACUUCAUCCGUUGAUGAGCCUCACGUCAGAGUGCACAACGUCCAGAGACCAAUAGUACAGAAGAUUCUGGAGACAAUUCAGCCUUAUCGUCAGAUUCGUCAGGAGGUGCGACCAGUUCAGGAGUCGGUUGAGCAGGUGAUCGCCCGUGGUCAGCCCCAGCAGUCGUACGGUGGAAGCUCGUAUGGUUCUGGCGCAUACAAGUCUGGCUCAUACGGUGGCUCAUCGAGCUUUGGCUCCAACCAAGGCUACGGUUCAGGAUUCAGCCAGGGUGGUGGCUACGGAAAUGCCGGCUACUAG